GCUCCUCAUGCUGCUGCCAGCGGCAGGGAGCAGCCUCUCCGCAGCCGGCUCCGUGCGCCCCGGGACGGCACCAUGAACAGCCUCCCCGCCGACAAGGAGAGCGGCGCGGCCGAGCCCGGCCUGCCCGAGGAGGAGGUCCGGACUCUCUUUGUGAGCGGCCUUCCCCUGGACAUCAAACCACGGGAGCUCUACCUGCUCUUCAGACCCUUCAAGGGUUAUGAAGGCUCUCUGAUAAAACUCACCUCUAAACAGCCUGUAGGCUUUGUCAGCUUUGACAGUCGCUCAGAAGCAGAAGCUGCUAAGAAUGCGCUGAAUGGAAUUCGCUUUGACCCCGAAAUUCCGCAAACGCUACGACUAGAAUUCGCCAAGGCAAACACCAAGAUGGCCAAGAGCAAGCUAGUGGGAACCCCGAACCCAAGCACUCCUCUCCCCAGCACGGUACCUCAGUUCAUUACCAGGGAGCAAUAUGAGCUCACAGUGCCUGCACUUUAUCCCAGUAGCCCUGAAGUGUGGGCGCCGUACCCUCUGUACCCAGCGGAGUUAGCACCUGCUCUACCUCCUCCUGCUUUCACCUAUCCCGCUUCAUUGCAUGCCCAGCUUGUGCAGCUAGAGGAGCUGGGGUUUGCUCAUCGUCUGCCCGUUUUUAUUCAGCAAUGCACUGGAGGUGGCUGCAAAUAGACAAGGGUUUUCUAGAUAAGUUCCACCGUACCUUUAAAGACUUUUGGUGCAAUCCCAUCAGUUUCACUGAGGCAAAACCCCUGUAGAGGUCAAUUAGAGCAGGAGCCGUCCAUUUAUUUACAAGUAACAGGUCACAGUGUGCAGCGCCUGAAUGAUCAGAAUCCAGUCCUGAAGCAGAGCUCGCCAGUGGAAUCUAGCUAAUCGGUAAAGCUAUCUCAGGAAUAUUCAGCCAGCUUUUAAUUACCUUAUUCAACUUUCUAAUUAAAGCUAAUUGGGAGAACAGUUGAGAACUUCGUAGUACGUUAUCUGGGGAUCUGAAAGCACUUUCUAAACAUUAAUUAAUUAACCCCGAUGAGGCAGAUUAGUAUUCUACCCCUUUUACAGCCUGGGAAGAUGUGUCACAGUGAGGGAGUGACAUGGCCAGUGGCUCACAGCACAGCAUUUCUACAGCACACAGUAAAGCCCUGGCUUGCAGCCCCCUGCUCCAGGGUUACCCAGAGGAUUCAGGGGGCCUGGGAUCUAAGGCAGCGGGGGGCCCCCACCACCGAAGAUGUGGCACUUCAGCAGCGGGUUCCGGAGCAGAAGGACCCCCCGCCGCCAAAUUGCCAAUGAUGACCCGGAGUGGAAGAAGCUCCGGGGGCCCAAGCCCCACGAGAGUUUUCCAGGGCGCCUGGAGCAAGUGAAGGACCCUGCUCCAGCGGCCCCGAAAAACUCUCGUGGGGGCCCCUGCGGGGUCCAGGGCCUGGAGCAAAUUGCCCCACUUGCCCCCCCCCCCGGCGACCCUGCCCUGCUCUGACUAGGCGACAAUGCUAAGAAGUUAAUCUCUGGAGCCAUGUAACAGAGAUGGAAACGAACCUUUUGUGGAGGAGAGCUGAAUCCAACAUUACUUGAAAUUGGGGUUGGGCAAACUCCUUUGCUUCAAAAACCAUCUUCAGAUUUGGGCAAAAGUCCAGAUUUUCAGAUACUAGUAUUUACGGGAAGAAAGCUGAUCAAUAUUACUGCAGAUACAUAGUUGUCUUGUGAA